AUGCGACGCAAAUCAUCAGAUUCGCUCUCAUCACACGAGAAUAAAUCUGAUAUAAAUCUGGAAGUCCCAAUUGUCAUAACUGUAAAAGUUCCAAAACCAGGAUACACUGGUUUUGGGACGUGGUCUCUGAAGGCUGCGUCGUUCUCAGUAAUAUACUGGGUAUUUGUCAGUGCCGUGAGAUUCCAUUCCCUGACAAAAGCCAAGGCCUGCUCUUUCCCCCCGGGUGUCAAAUUCCGCUGCGAUGAGGAAAUCGACUGCCUGGACUUUGCUGAUGAGCGCGGAUGCGGAGUUUGUUAUGGAAAAGAAUUAUCUUGCACCGUCAACUCACGACCUCGCUGUCUAUCCGACACUCGAGUGUGCGAUGGACGACCUGAUUGCGACAAUGGCAGCGAUGAACACCUUUGCAGUCGUUUAAUUAGUGACCUGAACAAUUACAAGGAGCACGAGCCUGUUCGUAGGAAGGGUUACGUCCAAGUGAAGAGAAAUAACAAAUGGCAUAUGAUGUGUUUCGCAAUACUCUCACGUACCAGCUACUACCAACAUCGUAAAUUUCUCGGUGAUCUAUGUCAGGAUAUAGCCGGGAGUUCUAGAUGCGGCAAAGAAACUAUCAGAUUCAUAAAUAUCCAUAGACAUAUGUCGUCAAAAUGGCCGUCUCAAGCAGACUUCUUACAACUGAAUUUACAAGGACAACUUGAAGUUUCAUCCUGUCGCUCGUCCCUCAUUGGUUACUUGAAGUGCGCUCAGCCUUGCGGGCGUUACGGAAGAACACGCAGGGACGCCGGCGACACUCCCUCAGGCAUGAACAAUAGCUCGUUUGGCGCCGUAGUCCCGCCGGCGAGCCCCACAACGCUUGAACUACAGGACGCGAAGCAGGACGACGAAGCUCACUGGGAGCAGAUGUUCCAAAGGUUCCUGAAGCAGGAGCAAGAGCAGGGCCACAUGGAUUCACGAAUAGUAGGCGGUACGAUUGCAGUCAGGAAGGACUGGCCAUUCAUCGUUUCCCUGAACUACAGGGGUUUUCAUUUUUGUGGCGGGAGCAUCAUCUCUGCAGAAUGGGUUCUGUCAGCUGCCCAUUGCUUAUAUAGGUACGUAUUAGAUAGUCAUCUGUAUUUCAAAAGGCUGCUAGAAUGUCCUGGGAAACUUGUAUUGUCUUCGUAACUAGUUAGAUUCACAUAGCCGAGAUUAGAAGUUUUUAAUAGUAUGGUAAGGCUUCAGUUAGAAUCCCUUU